UGUACCCAGCUGAGUAACUGACAUACAGACUUGACUUACUGACUUGUUGGAUUAUACAGUAGCUUGACCCAACAUUGUUGCUACCUUACUACUACCUAGUAGCCUGUGACCAAGGUAGGUAAUGUUAUAAGUAAGUUCGUAGAGUUGACGUUGAAUCAUUCUCAUAUAAGUAGCCACCUUCAUCAUCAACAUCUGUUUGCUUUGUCCUACUCAUACAUCAUCCACAUCAUCACAAGCAACUUACACCUACACUUGUAUUCACACAUACCAAUCAUCUAGCUACUCUGAAUAUCCGAAUUGGAAUUCGAGUUUCUACUUACAUAUUAUCCCCCUAUACUCUCAGAAGAAAUAUUAUCAACCCUAGCAAAUCUAACAGCUGGUCUGCCCCCAAACGAGACAAGAUGUCAGAUACACGGGAAGCCGAUAUCAAUGAGAUUCGGCCAUUUGGAGUGGCCCGCUCAACUAUCAAAGGCGAACCACUAUCCAAAGAGGAGAUCGAGAAGUAUAAUGAUUUCUUCAAGGCCAGUCUGUAUCUAAGCCUGGGCAUGAUCUACCUCAAGGAGAACCCUCUCCUACGAGAACCCUUGAAAGCGGAACACAUCAAAGCCCGUCAACUGGGUCAUUUCGGAUCUGCCCCCGGCCAAAUAUUUACCUAUAUGCAUAUGAACAGAUUGAUCAAGAAGUAUGAUCUCGAUGUUCUCUUUGUUUCUGGUCCCGGCCAUGGCGCCCCAGCGGUUAUAUCGCAGGCUUAUCUAGAGGGCACUUACUCGGAGGUUUAUCCUGAGAAAACCGAAGACCCCACGGGCAUGCAAGUCUUCUUCAAGCAAUUCAGCUUCCCCGGUGGCGUGGGAUCACAUGCAACCCCCGAAACCCCCGGCAGUAUCCACGAAGGUGGCGAACUUGGUUAUUCCAUCUCGCAUGCCUUCGGUACCGUGUUCGAUAACCCAGAUCUGAUUGCUCUAACCAUGGUUGGUGACGGUGAAGCUGAAACCGGCCCAUUGGCUACGGCCUGGCAUAGCACCAAAUUCCUGAACCCCAUCUGUGACGGUGCGGUGCUACCCGUCCUGCAUCUAAACGGUUACAAAAUCAACAACCCUACCGUCCUAGCUCGUAUCUCACACAAGGAGCUAGAGCAGCUAUUUUAUGGCUAUGGCUGGCAGCCGUACUUUGUAGAAGGUGAGGAUCUGGACACGAUGCACCAGGCCAUGGCCGCCACCCUUGAACAAUGUGUUCAGGACAUCCGCAAAUAUCAGAAAGAGGCUCGUGACUCUGGCAAACCAUUCCGUCCACGGUGGCCCAUGAUCGUCUUGCGAACGCCGAAGGGUUGGACUGCACCACGCAAAGUUAAUGGCCACUAUCUUUCAGGUUUCUGGCGUUCUCACCAAGUACCUAUUACGGGUACCAGAACGAAUCCCGCCGACCUUAAGGUACUGGAAGAGUGGAUGCGUGGAUACGAACCUGAACGCCUCUUCGGCGAAGAAGGGAGAAUCUCGGCCGAACUCAAGGCUUUAUGCCCCACAGGUAACAGGCGCAUGAGUGCGAAUCCUGUGGCUAACGGUGGGUUGCUAUCGAAACCACUUAAGAUGCCCAACUUUAGAGAUUACGCCAUCCAAGUGGACAAAGCUGGUGCAACAGUGGAGGGAAGCAUGGCAAACUUCGCCAAAUUCCUACGUGAUAUCAUCAAGAACAACCAGCACAACUUCCGUUUGAUGGGUCCUGAUGAGACUGAGUCUAACAAACUGGCAGCCGUGUAUGAAGCUGGCAAGAAGGUUUGGAUGGGUGAGUAUUUUGAGGAAGACGAGGACGGUGGCAAUCUGUCUCCUUUCGGAAGAGUCAUGGAGAUUCUAUCAGAGCAUACUUGUGAGGGUUGGCUAGAAGGCUACCUUCUUAGCGGUAGACACGGUAUGCUGAACAGCUACGAGCCUUUCAUCCAUGUUAUCGACUCUAUGGUCAACCAGCACUGUAAAUGGAUUGAGAAGUGUCUGGAGGUUGAGUGGCGUGUCAAGGUCCCAUCCUUGAACAUUCUCUUAACUGCCGUCGUUUGGAGACAAGACCACAACGGCUUUACACACCAAGAUCCUGGCUUCCUGGACGUCGUUUGCAACAAGAGUCCGGAAGUCGUUCGUAUUUACCUGCCACCUGAUGGAAACUGUCUUCUUUCAGUCAUGGACCACUGCUUCCAGUCACAGAACUACGUCAACGUGGUUGUAGCAGACAAGCAACCCCACAUUCAAUAUCUCACCAUGGAGGAAGCCAUCCAGCACUGUACCAAGGGUAUCGGUAUUUGGCCUCAGUUCUCUACAGAUAUAGGCGAAGAACCCGAUCUCAUCAUGGCCAGCUGCGGAGAUGUUUCUACUAGCGAGUCAUUGGCCGCCAUUGAUCUGUUACUUCAGCACUUCCCCGACAUGAAGAUCCGCUGCGUCAACGUCGUCGACCUAUUCAAGCUCAUCCACCACACGGACCAUCCUCAUGGUCUCACGGACAAAGAAUGGAUCGCUCUAUUCACGGAGAACAAACCCAUCAUAUUCAACUUCCACUCGUACCCCUGGCUCGUCCACCGCCUUACCUACAAGCGCCCCGGUAAUGCCAACAUCCACGUUCGGGGUUACAAGGAGAAGGGUAAUAUCGAUACCCCGCUUGAGCUCGCCAUCCGCAACCAAACCGAUCGGUUCAGUCUAGCUAUGGACGCCAUCGACCGCAUGCCACAACUUGGCAACCGUGGCGCUGCUGCACGUGACGCGCUCAAGAGCCAACAGGUAGCUGCUGCAAGCUUCUCGUUUGAACAUGGUGUCGAUCCCGAGUUCUUAAGCAACUGGUCGUGGCCCCAGGAGGGCAUCAAGGAAAGGCUGCAGAAGUUGAAGCUUACUAGCUGAACAGCUUAGGCAGUGUGAUGAUUCGGAUAGAUAAAUGGGCGUGGGUUGGAUGAUUUAAAAAAGAAAAUCAAAAGGCGGUGGUUAUGGCUUGCAUGAACGAGGAGUUGGAAUUUCCAUGGUUACGCAUUUCUGGGUUAUGGUUUAUGUCUUUCAUGUUACGAUAGUUGAUACGAUAUGAGAUGAAUAUCAGAACUGGAGAUUAUGUUAGGUUGAAGUGGACCUGA